UCAUUUGAACUUCGGUAAGCUUGGGCUUCAAGUUUUGCGUUCCACGCUCAGUUCGUCAGAAGAGCGCUCAGUCCGCAGGGUGCACAGAGAACGCGGGGAUAGCAAACUUAAACAGAGACACCAGUGGAACUACAAAAAAGUAAAAUACAUACAUUAUGUAUGAGUCACCACCUGUUGAUUGAGGAUAAAAAAGCUCAUUCAAAUACAAGAUAAUGAGGAAUUGCGACCGCUGAACAAGGAGAAACCAGAAAGAGGCUCACCUUGGAAUCUUCGGCACUUUCUAUGUGAUUUCAAUGUUUACGCGUUGAGCGGCUUGGAUCGGACUUGGCUUCGCUGCGAGCGUCAGUGGAUGCGCUAUGGAAGGCGGAAACGAUGUAGAUCUGUCCAAUAACAACAUCACUCCACGGUGGAAGAAAAGGCCAGUUAAUGGAGCUGUCUCAAGCAGGCCCAAUCCCAGGCCCCUCAGCGGUCAGACAGCGGGUGUUUUAACGGAGGACAAAAGCGCCUUCACCUUGAGCCAGCCCGCCGAGAAGAUCGUGGCCUCGCCCGGCGGCACGGCCGUUUUGAAGCAUGUCCUCAACAAGCCCUCCCGCAAGGCGAGGGUGGUGAGGAGCAUCAGCAUCGGGCAUCUGUCCAGCGGCCGCUUUACCCUGUCCAAGCUCAAGUCGGAGGGCGACAAGCCGAGCACGGACAACCGGGCGCACCACGAUGUGGACGGGGCCCAAACGGGGAACGGGGUGGCGCACAGGCAGGACAGGUGCCCACCCUGCGACCGGCACAGGGAUGUGCAGAAGCGGUUGUCCAGCCCCAUGACCCUGACCUCUCAGACAGAUCAGAUUGUCUUCGGCUCCAGUCCUUCGGACACGCCUCUUUGGAAAACGAGCUCUCCCACUAACAGCUACGGCCACCUGCCCCCCCCAAACCAGCCGCCUGAGGCCCGAAGCCAUUCCCCUUCAUCCCGCACACCCAUCCCAUCCCCCUCGCCCCGCACACCCUCCUGCCAGCCCUCGCCCGCAUCUCUUCCCACCCCCUUCCCCUCGCACACCCUCCCACCCCACCCCACCUCACACCCACCCAUCCCCUCACCUUGCACCCCCUCCACCCCUCUCGCCCCAUACACCCAAUCACCCCCUCUCGCCCCACAACCCUCUCACCCCCUCACCCCACGCUCCCUCCCACCCCCCUCGCCCCACCCCUGCCCCACCCAUCCCAUACCCACUCGCCCACACCCUCCACCCCACCCCACCCGCACCCCCUCUGACUCCCCUACACACCCUGCCCCACCCCUGGAGGACAGAGACGUGGUGCUCCUUCGUCAGACUUCAGGACCGUCCCAGGGCCCUGACAGUAAGCCCCAGCCCACGUUCGUCCUGAGCACCCACAGUCCGGUGGCCCAGAAGAUGGGCACCCAGCAGCUCAUACCCUGGGGCCUGGCCUCUGACGUGCGGCUCUGCAAGACUGCCCAGGGUAACCAUGGGAACCACGGUAACGUGGGCCAGCUGGAGCCCAGCAAGCGGGCGCUGCGGGCCAUCAGCAUGGUGGAGACGGGCUCCUACUUCUCCACGGGAUGGGGCGAUGCUGAGGUGGACCCCAACGGGGACGGUGAUGGCGACAGCCCCGGGAUGCUGAGGAGGGGCCUCCGAUCCACAUCCUAUCGCCGGGCCGUGGUCAGCGGGGUGGACAUGGAGGUCCCCAAAACUGACCCCAAAGCGCAUCGCCUGUCCCAGCCAGUGCUCAGGGGGCUGCCUGUGGACAAGGAGAAACCCUCCAGCCCAGGGAAGGGAAAGAGUAACGAGAAGAAGAAAGGACUACAGCCUCAGAGAACAUUCGAUAACGAAGAGGACGAGGUUCUGUACCAGAACUAUAAGGAGAAGGCCCUGCACAAUGACUCCGAUGAGGACGCCGAGGCUAGGGAGCCCAAGCCUGAUGAUCGCAUCGUGGUUCAGUACAGACCCAUACGGACCUCCUGGAGCCAGCUCAGUGUGGUUAAAAAGAGUGGAAUUUCCCAGAACUUAACCCCAGAGGAGCGCAAAAGACAAGAGGCGAUCUUCGAGGUCAUUUCCUCCGAGCACUCCUACCUGCACAGCCUGGAGAUCCUGGUGCGCAUGUUCAAGAACUCCACAGAGCUGAGCGAUACCAUGACCAAAACCGAGAGCCACCACCUCUUCUCCAACAUUGUAGAUGUGUGCGAGGCCAGCAAAAAGUUCUUUAGUGACCUGGAGGACAGGCACCAGCAGAACUUCCUCAUCGAUGACAUCAGCGACAUUGUGAUCAAGCACGCCCACUCGAACUUUGACCCCUACGUGACCUACUGCUCCAAUGAGGUGUACCAGCAGCGGACACUGCAGAGGCUUGUCACCAAAAACCCGUCCUUCAAAGAGGUUCUGACCCGGAUCGAGAGCCACCAGGACUGCCGUAACCUGCCCAUGAUCUCCUUCCUGAUCCUGCCCAUGCAGAGGGUGACCCGCCUCCCGCUGCUGAUGGAUACCAUCUGUCAGAAGACCCCCAAAGACUCUGCCCACUAUGAUGUCUGCAAGAAGGCCCUUCAGUCUGUGAGCAAGGUGGUUCGUCAGUGUAAUGAAGGAGCCCGCAGAAUGGAGAGGACGGAGAUGAUGUACACCAUCAACUCUCAGCUGGAGUUCAAAAUCAAGCCCUUCCCCCUGGUCUCCUCGUCCCGGUGGAUGGUGAAAAGAGGCGAGCUGACCGCAUUUGUGGAGGAGAAUGGCAUCUUCCUGAAGCGCACCUCACGACAGCAGGUCUACUUCUUCCUCUUCAAUGAUGUCCUCAUCAUCACCAGGAAGAAGAGUGAGGACAGCUACGCCGUGAUGGACUACGCCCUGCGGGACCAGAUCGCGGUGGGGCCGUGCCAGGCAGAGGACCUGAACCUCUCCCCGGUCAGGACCACGGCCGGAAUGCUGACCUCGCGGCAGAGCGUGCCCAGCCACCUGUUCCGCCUCGUGUUCCGCAGCGUCCACUCCGGAGAGAAGGUGCCCAUGGUCCUGGGGGCGGAGCUAAUGAACGAGCGAGCGCGCUGGAUCAGCGCCCUGGGCCAGAGCGGCAGCAACAGGAAGGACGCCGACAGGACCAACGUGAUGCAGGUGGAGAUUAUAAGGACGUACACAGCCAGGCAGCCAGACGAGCUGAGCCUUCAGGUGGCAGAUGUGGUGCUGGUGUCACAGGCCGUAGAGGAUGGCUGGUAUGAGGGUGACCGUCUGCGGGACGGGGAGAGGGGGUGGUUCUUAGCCGAGUGUGCCCAGAAGAUAACCUGCCAGGCCACCAUCGAGAAGAACAUGCAGAGAAUGGACCGCCUCCAAGGGCUGGAAACCAAUGUGUGAGCAGGACCCACCCACCCAAAGACCACUAAAGACCACACCCACCCACCCAAAGACCACACCCACCCACCCACCCAAAGACCACAACCACCUACCUACCCAAAGACCGCACUCACUACAUGCGUCAGCUCCUCCUCCUACCAUUGAAGGACUACAAAAAAGCUCUUCCUGCCACAUCUUCAAUGACUGCACACAACUAGGACCUUGUAUUUUACAGUGUGCAGCUGCGAAUGGACAGACUCAAUGUGAUAAUCACACACGACUUUUCCUUUUAAAAACAACCACUAAGCCUUAAAUGUUCUGCAGAGGGACAGAUGGAAAUAAAAGGGGGUAUGUAACUGAUAGGAUUUGUUGUGAAAAUUAUCUGUAAUGUGAAUUAGGUUUAUUCCCCAUUAUUGCGUAGUGUCUUGAUUUACGAAUGCAAACUGCCCAUAACUCUUCUCGCCAAACAGAUCGGAAGUGUUUUGAAACUAUUCUUGGCAUGACGGUGAGAGGGUUUUUUAAUGACUGAAAAUGACCAAAGAGUCUCAAUUGGUAUACUUGUGAGUAUAUUUGUAAUUUGUAUUGGAGUGAAUGAAUAUCAAAACUGGAACACAGGGGUUUAAUAUGAAAUCUCCAGGGGCCACCACACUCAAUUUGCGCAGUAGAAAUCAAACUUAGUAAAAUAACAGGAUGAAUAUUGUCAUUGGAACUAGUCUAAUUUGCACUCAGGGAAAAUGUAUGCAAUGACUGUAAAUCACAAAAAAAUGUAAAUGUAUUGUAAAUGCCUCAGAACCUAUUUUUAAACGUGUAAUCCUUUCUGAUCAACAGAUUUAUAUCGCAGACACGUGAAACUGCUUACGGCAUAUCAACGUUUUUAUCCAUGGUUAAUAAAGCUAAAGGCGGACUUCA